GGAUCCCAGCGAGAAAUAUCAGAGUGACUUCCCUUUGCUUUACACUCGCGAAGCUAAUUCUGCUACGUCACUAAUGCUUCCGGUUCCCAUGAGAUUGCGCAGUGCGAUCGAGGGGCAGUGCGCCAUGUGCUUUGAGUGAUGGUAGGACUGACGUGGUCGGUCACAGCACAAAUUUGUGAUUUUCGCUAAGUUUCGUAAUUUAUGACUAUAGUUGCACUACGUGUUAGUGUGACGCCUUUUAUUAACUUUUCACUAUCGACGCUGUCGAUUUUAGUGAGUGAAACGUACACGUGAGUGUACACCUGUUGAACACAGUAACCUGUAUUCGAAUCAUGGCCUCUAACGCAUCACAGCAAAAGAGACACUGCGAGGCUAUACCUGGCGGUAAACAUGCAGACAAAACUAAAUCAGGGCCAAAAUCACACCCCAAAGAGACACUGCGAGGCAGUGACUCGCUUGAAACCAGCUCUAAACAUCUUUUUUCGGGCGAGGUGACUGCAGAACAACCACGAGGUGGCGCUGAUACCAAUAUGGCAGCGCCUGAUCAACAAAACUUGCGUAGCGAGGUUUUUUUUAGUUUGGUAAACUGAUUGCUGAUUCGAUCUCAGACAUUAAAUCAUCAAUCACUGCAGGGUUUGACGAACUAAAGCAGUCAGUUACUGACAAGCCAUACUAUGAGUAUGAAGAUGGCACUGAGAGUGACGCCUCUUACAUGCAUUACGAAGAUGAGUACGUCGAUGGGGAUGACGAACCCCUAAAGACGAAUGCGUGUGAAAACAAGACUGACGACAAGAUUGAGAGAUUGUUAAAUACCUGUGAAGUGGACCGUCAGAGUACACCCUCCACAAGUCAUGGUGAUAAAUUUCUUAUCACAAUUCAUGACCAGAUCAAAACUAAAGAAAAAACUGGUGAUAGAAUUAAUCAAGAACUGGCUGACAUCAUUAAUGAACUUAUGUUUAAAUCAACAAGACCUGAUGAUAAUGAUGUUAAAUCCAAACUGGACAGCAUUGUAAGACCUGAUAACUGUGCAUCACUCGUUGCCACGCGAGUUGACGAGCUUAUUUGGAGUCUAAUGAGACCUAACUCACAGAGCAUGGACAAAAAAAUCCAAAAAUGCCAGUUAAUGAUUGUCAAGACUGUGUCUUUAUUGGCAGUUAUCACUGACAAGAUAUACAACAUGAAGAAAAAUCUUGAUAAGGGGUCUGGGCCCAACAUUGUAAAUGAUUCUUUGGGAGAAGUGGUCAAGGAUCUCAUAGACACCAUCCAGAUGGCCAGUCUGGCGAACUUCGAGCUCAAUAUGAAACGGCGUGAACACAUAAGGCCAGAUGUGCAUGCAAACUAUAUGCCCCUUUUUUCUGUUACUGUACCAGUCAACAGUUUCCUUUUUGGUGGUGAAGCCACAAACAAGUUGGAGGACAUUGAAAAGUCUUGCAAAGCUGCUAACAAGGCUAGACCCAGGGACUACAACACAUUCACAAGGGGUCCGAGUAGAUUUCCAUAUAAAGGUCGCUAUCCCGGACGAGCACGACACAGGCCAUACAGGAGUGGACCAUAUCAGCCUUUUUUAGCCAAAAGAGGUGGAUACGCAGCCUUCAGGGGCAACAAGAGACUGAUGAAGCACGGCCAGAGCCAGUAGCACAGUCUAGUGAAACCCCGACAGCUGCAAACACCCAGUGUGAUCAGCCAGUGUUUACAGAAACUUCAGAAGGAGGGGGGAGGAGGCGAUAAUGGUACUCCCGAACUGGCCCACUCAGACAUGGUACAGCGUAGCGAUGAGCAUGGUUGUGGAUUAUCCCCAAGUGCUACCAUGGCUGAUGGAUCUCCUCAGCCUUCCUCACAAUGGAGCUCUACAUCCACUGAGGAAAAAGCUCCAACUUCUAGCCUGUCGCUUGUCAGGAAAGCGCUGGAGAAGCGUGGCGUUCCGAGAGAGAUUGGCGACGUCAUCCUCAAAUCAUGGAGGAAAUCUACACAAAGACAGUACACAGUCCAUGUGCACAGAUGGGAAAUUUUCUGUAAUAAAAGGGGUGCUGAUCCCCUUCAGGUGUCUGUAGAGAGACUGUUAGGUUUUCUUAGCGAGCUGUAUAAACAAGGACUAAGCUAUAGCUCAUUGAAUACAGCGAGAUCGGCUGUGUCAGCUUUGAUUUCUAUUAGUUGUGAUGUUAAUGUUGGUUCUGAUGCUUUGAUCUGCAGAUUUUUGCGCGGAGUUUUUAAUGAGAGACCAACUAGGUCUAGAUACAGCUCAGUUUGGGAUGUGUCUCUUGUUUUUAAGUAUUUACAGUCCAGGGCCGGGGAGACAACUCAACUCUAACAUUGAAAGAACUUACUCUAAAACUUACUGCACUGUUGGCUCUGGCUACAGCCAACCGACUCCAGUCACUUCAGACAUUACAGAUUAGCAAUAUGAAAGUUUCAGAUUCCAAGAUUGUUUUUGUGCUUGAUCUGCUUAAACAGAGAAAUCCAUUACGAAAAUCUCACUUUGUUGAGCUAGAAAAAUUUGAAACUGAUCAUGUGUUAUGUGUUUAUCAAGCUCUGUCCUUGUACUUGGACAAGACUGCAGAGUUUAGAGGAAGUGAAACCCAGCUGCUCAUUAGUUUCCAGAGACCCCAUAAGAAAGUAACAAGAUCCACAAUAGCAAGAUGGAUUAGGACUGUUCUUGAAGAAGCGGGUAUUGACAUUUCUGUGUUUGCAGCUCAUAGUACGAGAGCUGCAGCCACAUCGGCAGCUAAGAAAGCAAAUGUGCCAAUGAAUGACAUUUUAAAAACUGCAGGCUGGGCUUCAGCUGCAACUUUUGUUAGACACUACAAUGUACCAAUAGAAACACUGCCGAACGACACAAGUAGUAUGUACAAGACAAUUGUGUCAACAUCGGCGGGUGAAUAGAAUUACUACUGUUGGGAGUUUUGUGCAAACAACCUGCUGGUUGUGAUUAGCAGUUUUUAGUUUGUGCCAUGUUGGCUUGAAUACCAGUUUCAACUUUCGUUGGGUUGUCAUGCUUAUGCAUACAUGUUUCCCAAUUUUGUGCAAAUCUUGUUGAAUUUGCUGAAACUCAAAAAAUAAAUAUACUGAACUUUGACCUUGUAUUUUAUUUCUUGAGAUAGGACUUGUGCCACCAAGUGGCUUUAAAAUCUCAUUGGAGCCGGAAGCAUUAGUGACGUAGCAGAAUUAAACAAUUAAACGAGACUUACCUGUGUGUUGAAGUUUGAUUUGGGUUCUGCUACGUCACUGGAAUGCUGGAGGUUUACAUGCCCUCCGCAUCCCUCCCUCGUACUUGUAGUGGCACUUGGUGUCACAAGCAUACUUUGAAUCCUGCCGCUCGAUCGCACUGCGCAAUCUCAUGUAAACCUC